AUGAAUGCAGGAACUCCUGAAAAGGUCAAUACUCACAAACCCAAAGCACCCUCAACCAUGUCCACUCUGAAAGUACACAUCCUGAUCAUCUUCUUCUUCCUCCUCUCCCUCUCGCCCAACCUCGUCAACACCAAAAGCCCCCACGGCCACUUCCAAGUAGCUCGCUCCACAUGCCAAGGUGCUUUCUACCCGGACCUCUGCAUCUCCACGCUUGCCUCCUUCCCGGACCUUGCCUCCGAGUCCCUCCUGGAGAUCAUCUUCGGCACACUCGACCGCAUAGCUGAUGAAGUGAGAGCCGCCUCCGCGCACUGCACCGUCAUGAAGAACCAUUUCCUCGCCAAGCUCAGCAUUCUCGAAUGGCAAGCCAUGGACGUCUGCCUCGAGCUGUUCGGGGAUAUCCUCGAUGACGUUGCCAGUGCUGUCUCCUACCUUGAGGGCUCGAAGCCAGCCGCUAGACGGCAUUACUUCGACCUUCAGUCUCUCCUCAGCAGAAUGAUUACCCAUGUUUAUACAUGCACCGAUGAGUUCGACCCCCGCACAGAUAAUCUGAAACUCGGGGACAGCAUGAAAGAGAGGCUCUCAAACGUCUCACGCCACGUAGCCAAUUCAUUAUUCUUCCUAAAAAAAUUGCAUGGCGUCAAGAAAACUUCUGGACACGGCCUGAGAGAGGGGUUCCCGGCGUGGAUGUCUUCAAAAGAUAGCCAAUUGAUGUGGACACCGACGGACGCGACAAAGUUUGAUCUCGUGGUGGCAAAAGAUGGUUCUGGUAAUUUCACCUCCAUCAACGAUGCAGUGGCUGCGGCUCCAACCCAUAGCAAGACCAGGUUCGUCAUCUACAUUAAAGAGGGGGUAUAUUUCGAGUAUGUUGUGGUGGACAGUACAAAAACCAAUCUCAUGUUCGUAGGUGACGGGAUUGGGAAGACAUCAAUCAGGGGCAACCGAAACAAUGUCGAUGGAUGGAGCACUUACUUGUCGGCCACUGUCAUUGUCCAGGGCAAUGGAUUUCUCGCUAAGGGGAUCACUAUGGAGAAUUUUUCCGGGCCAAGCAAGUAUCAGGCCGUGGCUUUCCGCAGCAACUCGGAAAAGUCGGCGUUCUUCCAAUGCAGCUUCUUGGGAUACCAAGACACACUGUACGUGCACAGUGGUCGCCAAUUUUAUCGUGACUGCGAGGUAUAUGGCACAGUGGACUUUGUGUUUGGAAAUGCGGCCGUUGUUUUCCAGAAUUGCAGCCUGUAUGCACGCAAGCCAAACGAUAAACAGAUGAAUGUGUUUAUUGUACAAGGCAGAUACAACCUGGCUGACAAGACCGGGAUGUCAUUCCUUGGCUGCAAGUUUUUAGCAGCUCCAGACCUUGUUCCUGUGCAGUCAUCAUUUAAGACAUUCCUUGGUCGUCCGUGGAAGGAGUUCUCGACAACGGUUAUCAUAAAGUCAUACAUUGACGAUCUGGUAGACCCAGCUGGGUGGCUGGAGUUCAACAACACAGUCGGGUUGAGCACACUCUUCUAUGGGGAGUAUUUGAACAGUGGCCCUGGUUCCAACACUAACGGUAGAGUGAAAUGGCCUGGCUACAAGGUUAUUGACAGCUUGGCAGAGGCAAGUAUGUUCACAGUGGGGUCUUUGAUUCAAGGUACCCAGUGGCUCAAGGACACCGGUUUUCCUUAUUAUCUAGGUUUGAAAUAG